UCAAAAAUCAGAUUGGAUACAAAUCUCAUUCUCAUUAUCCCUAACCUUCUCUCAUUUCUUUGAAAACAAGAAAGAUAAUCUGAAUCUUCUUGUCUGCCUAAGAGCAGAAAUGCUGGCUACAAGGAUGAUGCUUUUACUUCUUGUCUGCAUAGGAUUACUAUCAGACAACAUAUCUAAGGUCUCAGCCUUGAGAAACAAAGAGUUUUUCCUCAGACAAACGCAAGGAGACGGAGCUGGAGUUCAUCCAGGUGAAAUUGCUAAGCUAAGGAGCCUCCAUAGGCACAACCGUGAAGAUCAAGUUAUGCUCAGUGGGAACUGGCGCAUUCUUGAGGAGGCUAACAAGAACAAAGUUAAACCUGGGAAGACACAACAACAAACGAAUAUGACAAAGAAGUCUUUCCAAUCAAGCAAGAGACGUGUAAGACGAGGAUCAGAUCCUAUCCACAACAAAUCCGAGCCAUUUUCUUGAGUGGAACAACAACAAUCAACUACAGAGAAAGGCAAUAUUCUAUAGAAAUGCAAGAAGAACAAAAGAAAGGGAAGGAAAAAAAGGCUCAACAAUAAACGUUAUCAAGCUUGAGGUAAGGUUAGUUGGUGUGCACAACAGCACUGCCUGUUCAGAUACACAAGGAGAAUAUAUAUUUUGUUCUUCAAAAUAUUUUUGUGACCAAGUCUUCUUCACUUUUUUGUUUGCAUUAGUUCUUCUAAGUUUUGUACUUUUCUGCAUUGCUCUUACUCCACCAAAAACAUAUCUUGUGUAUAUACAAUAUCUCUAAAGUUUUUCUUGUACUCCACUGUCACAUUUGAACUUAUGAG